CAGAUAUAGUGAAUGCAGGGUCCAGGGAGAACGAUAUAGUGAAUGCAGGGUCCUGGGAGACCAGAUAUAGGAGACCAGAUAUAGUGAAUGCAGGGUCCGGGAGACCAGAUAUAGUGAAUGCAGGGUCCAGGGAGACCAGAUAUAGUGAAUGCAGGGUCCAGGGAGACCAGAUAUAGUGAAUGCAGGGUCCGGGGAGACCAGAUAUAGUGAAUGCAGGGUCCCAGGGAAUGUGGAUAUAGUUAGUGCGGGGUCUGGGGAGACCAGAUAUAGUGAAUGCAGGGUCCGGGAGACCAGAUAUAGUGAAUGCAGGGUACGGAGAAAGCGGAUAUAGUGAAUGCAGGGUCCGGGGGGGGGCGGAUAUAGUGAAUGCAGGGUCCGGGGGGGCGGAUAUAGUGAAUGCAGGGUCCUGGG